GCAAAGAGCAAAGACACUCGGGAAAGGCAAGGGCUAGCAGCAUCUCCUCCAGUAGACCGAGGCCGCAGGCAGGGAUUGCGCUGUGAGAGACAAUCUUUCAGUGAGACACAGAGAAAGAGAGAAAUCCAGAAAGGAACCCGUGCUCCCGGGCACCGGGGAGCUGGCCACUGAAGGAAGAGCACCAAGAUUUUCGAUCAGGCUAUCCCGGUCCUGGGACGCUCACACAGCCUGCCUGCCAUCUGGGGCAAGGAACGAGAGCUGUGGUCCUAAGCCCUCGGUCUCCAGCAUCACCGCGCUAGGUGCGCGCCCCGCUCUCCCAUCGCUAUGCAGCGACCAUUUCCCUCUAAAUCUCAAAGGUGGACCACUCAAAACGGAUUACAAGCGUGAUUUGGUAGCCUUUCCGAAAGUUGGUGGCCGGAAGAGGGGAAGAUUCUGGGCGACAGAAUGACGGAUACAAUGCAGCCUCGCGGAGAGUUUGCCCCUCCCGCUGGGAAGCCCCUCGGAGCGAACCUCGGAGAUCCUGAGCGCUCUGCACCAUAGUUUUAUAAUCAGCCACAAAUGAUGAAGCCGUCCAUAGCUGAGAUGCUUCACAGAGGGAGGAUGCUGUGGAUAAUUCUUCUAAGCACAAUCGCUCUAGGAUGGACUACUCCAAUCCCCCUGAUUGAGGACUCAGAGGAAAUAGAUGAGCCCUGUUUUGAUCCGUGCUACUGCGAAGUUAAAGAAAGCCUCUUCCACAUACAUUGUGACAGCAAAGGAUUUACAAACAUUAGUCAGAUUACCGAGUUCUGGUCAAGACCCUUUAAACUGUAUCUUCAGAGGAAUUCCAUGCGAAAAUUGUACACCAAUAGUUUCCUUCAUUUAAAUAAUGCUGUGUCCAUUAACCUUGGGAACAAUGCAUUGCAGGACAUUCAAACUGGCGCUUUUAAUGGUCUUAAGAUUUUAAAGAGACUGUAUCUUCAUGAGAACAAACUAGAUGUCUUCAGAAACGACACCUUCCUUGGCUUAGAAAGUCUGGAAUACCUACAGGCAGAUUACAAUGUCAUUAAACGUAUAGAGAGUGGGGCAUUUCGGAACCUAAGUAAACUGAGGGUUCUAAUCUUAAAUGAUAAUCUCAUUCCUGUUCUUCCAACCAAUUUAUUUAAGGCUGUCUCCUUAACCCAUCUGGAUUUACGUGGAAACAGGUUAAAGGUCCUCUUCUACCGCGGAAUGCUAGACCACAUUGGCAGGAGCCUGAUGGAGCUCCAACUAGAAGAGAACCCUUGGAACUGCACCUGUGAGAUUGUUCAGCUGAAGAGUUGGCUGGAGCGGAUCCCGUACACCGCCCUGGUGGGGGACAUCACCUGUGAGACGCCUUUCCAUUUUCACGGGAAGGAUCUCCGAGAAAUCAAGAAGACAGAGCUCUGUCCAUUGUUGUCUGACUCUGAGGUGGAGGCCAGUCUAGGGAUUCCCCAUUUGUCAUCAAGCAAAGAGAACGCCUGGCCAACGAAACCUUCCUCAAUGUUGUCCUCUGUUCAUUUUACAGCUUCUUCUGUUGAAUAUAAGUCCUCCAACAAGCAGCCAAAACCCACCAAGCAGCCCCGAACACCCAGACCACCAUCUACAUCCCAGGCUUUAUACCCUGGUCCAAAUCAACCUCCCAUUGCCCCCUAUCAGACCAGACCACCUAUUCCCAUUAUCUGUCCAACUGGGUGUACCUGUAAUUUGCAUAUCAAUGACCUUGGCUUGACUGUCAACUGUAAAGAACGAGGAUUUAACAACAUUUCAGAGCUCCUUCCAAGGCCCUUGAAUGCUAAGAAGCUCUACCUGAGCAGCAAUCUGAUUCAAAAGAUAUACCGCUCUGAUUUUUGGAAUUUUUCUUCUUUGGAUCUCUUGCACCUGGGGAACAACCGUAUUUCCUAUGUCCAGGAUGGGGCUUUCAUCAACCUGCCCAACCUGAAGAGUCUCUUUCUCAAUGGCAACGACAUAGAGAAGCUGACACCAGGUAUGUUCCGAGGUCUACAGAGCUUGCAUUACUUGUACUUCGAAUUCAACGUCAUCCGGGAAAUCCAACCUGCAGCCUUCAGCCUCAUGCCCAACUUGAAGCUGCUAUUUCUCAACAAUAACUUGCUGAGGACCCUGCCAACCGAUGCCUUUGCAGGUACAUCCCUAGCUCGGCUCAACUUGAGGAAGAACUACUUCCUCUAUCUGCCAGUAGCUGGCGUCCUUGAACACUUGAAUGCCAUUGUGCAGAUAGAUCUCAAUGAGAAUCCUUGGGACUGCACUUGUGAUCUGGUCCCCUUUAAACAGUGGAUCGAAACCAUCAGCUCAGUCAGUGUGGUAGGUGAUGUACUCUGUAGGACCCCCGAGAACCUCACCCACCGUGACGUGCGUACUAUUGAACUGGAAGUUUUAUGCCCAGAGAUGCUGCAUAUUGCACCGCCUGGACCAUCCCCACCACAGCCUGGAGACUACCACACGAAUGGAGCACCAACAAGUUCAUCACCGUAUGAGUUCUCUCCUCCCGGGGGCCCUGUACCACUUUCUGUGUUGAUUCUCAGCCUCCUGGUUCUGUUUUUCUCAGCGGUCUUUGUUGCUGCAGGCCUCUUUGCCUAUGUCCUCCGUCGCCGUAGGAAGAAGCUGCCCUUUAGAAGCAAGCGGCAGGAAGGUGUGGACCUUACAGGAAUCCAGAUGCAAUGUCACCGACUGUUCGAGGACACUGGGGGCAGUGGUGGUGGGAAUGGAGGUGGAGGUCGACCAACUCUGUCCUCUCCAGAGAAAGCCCCUCCGGUGGGUCACGUGUAUGAGUACAUCCCCCACCCAGUUACCCAGAUGUGCAACAACCCCAUCUACAAGCCUCGAGAGGAGGAAGAAGUGGCUGCCUCAGCAACCCAGGAAACAGGAGCUGCAGAACGUGGAUGUCCUGGGACGACGCAGCCUCCAGGAAUGGGUGAGGUGCUCUUAGGAAGUGAGCAGUUUGCGGAAACACCCAAGGAGAAUCACAACAACUACCGGACCUUGCUGGAAAAGGAGAAGGAGUGGGCCCUGGCGGUUUCCAACUCCCAACUCAACACCAUAGUGACGGUGAACCAUCACCACCCUCAUCCUCACCACUCGGCAGUCGGUGGGGUCUCAGGGGUAGGUGGAGGGACUGGGGGAGACUUGGCUGGGUUCCGCCACCACGAGAAGAAUGGUGGGGUGGUGCUGUUUCCCCCUGGGGGAGGUUGCGUGGGCGGCAGUCUGUUACUAGACCGUGAGAGGCCACAGCCUGCUCCGUGCACAGUGGGAUUUGUGGACUGUCUCUAUGGCACAGUGCCCAAAUUAAAGGAACUCCAUGUCCACCCCCCUGGCAUGCAAUAUCCAGACUUACAACAGGAUGCCAGGCUCAAAGAAACCCUUCUCUUCUCAGCUGGAAAGGGCUUCACAGACCACCAAACCCCCAAAAGUGAUUACCUCGACUUAAGGGCCAAACUUCAAACUAAGCCGGAUUACCUCGAAGUUCUGGAGAAGACAGCAUACAGAUUCUAACAGAGAGAAGAGAAUAAAAGGGUGGCUUCGUCUUGGUUUUCAAGAGAAAAGGAAAAUAAAAAGAAAUAUAUCCCCGGCUCCCAUUAUCUUUGUCCCGGUAACUCCACCUCACAGUUCCCGCCUGCCCAGGACAGAACUGAAACGCAUGAUAACUAGAGAAUACAGAAGUGGGCUCUCCCCUCUCAGAUGUGAUUUUGAGGAAGGGCCAUACUCAGAUCAUUAAUCAAUGAAGUGCCUUCGCAGACUUUUGCCAGCAAAUGUUAUCAUUAUUUUUUAUACUGAAACUCGAGACUUGGACUGUGCCAUGUGUGAGGUAUAUCGGGGAUCGUUGUAUUGAUCCUAAUUGAGUAAAAUUCAAUGUGUCCUUUUAUUUUCAGUAACUUUUCUUCCCUUUAGUUGCAGUUUUUGUUUGAAAGGGAGGGGGGAGGCUGACAUUUAUGGCUUUCUCUCCUUUUUCCCAUCGUGGCACAGAUUCUGUACAUGUAUUAACAAUGCAGUUUGCCGCAUGCUUCAAAACUGCAGGCUGGGGAGGGAGGGGCGGGUCUUGCUCGAAUGUUCUCACACUGUCGUCUCUCACACACUUACUCAUAUGCACACAGAAAACCUUUACAUACACUUAGGUCCGUCAGUUUGCACUGGGUGCAGCACGUGCGCAGACACACACACACACACACACACACACACACACACACACACACCUCCCAUACGACUUGAUCUGCUUAGUUCGGGUUUGAUCCAUCUUUUCCUCUCCAUAGGUCCACAUGCCCUUCCUUCCUAGUGUACAGUUCACAGCACCUCUCCUACCACCCUGGGAAGAGUCACAUUCGAGGCUGGAUCCUACUGAAGUCAAGGCUUGUUGGUUUAACAGCUGGAGACACACCUAGGGAUGAGCACCCUCCUUGUGACAUUUCAUCCUGAUGCCAAGAUUUUUUGAGAACAUCUGCACUUUCUUAUAUAUAUAUAUGAUAUUAAAAAAAUAAAAAAGCAACUGGGUAUAUAUCACUAACAGCUUUGUAGGAAGCACUUUUAAUGUUUUCUCUCUCACACACAAAGAUUCAAAAGAAAUGUGCAUAUAUUUAUUCUGUAAUUUCAGUGAAUAUAAAUUGUAAAGGUAAUGUUUAAUCAUUGUAUAGUGAUUAUGCGUCUGGUAUAGCUUUCCUAAUAAAAAGUUUUUGAAAAACAUAAUACAUUAUAUAUAGAAAAUACAAAGCUUGAAUUUAAGCUUCAGCUAUGCCAUGCCUUUCAUACUCCCAUUUAAAAAAUAUUUAUUUUACUUGCUAUACAGAAAGCUAAUUGAUUAACAAGUUUGAUGCACUGUGAUAUUGACCAAUCUUAUUAUAGAUUAUUCAUAUCCCAUAUCAGGAUUAAAUUGGAGCUUGGAUAUGCUAAUCUAUAGUUCAUUUUUUCCUGGGUUAUAAACAUUUCAAAUUCGGUUUCCCAGUGAGGCACUGCUCCAUAGGUGGGGUGUGACUGGGAGGAAAGAAAGGGGCUGAAGUGAGGAGAUGCAGGGUUAUUUUGGGUAAGAGCACUCAGCGUCCUUGUGUUUCAAGGCAGGAGACGGCACGAAGGAACAGAGAAACGAAAGAGCUCUCCUUUAAAUAACAACGAACCCUAAAAUUAGAUUCAUCAGCAGCUUAGGUAGUACCACACUCUCCACGCACAGGCACGGUCCCAGAAAAGCCGAGGAUAAACGGAACUGUGGAAUAUCUGUUCUUCUGCGAAAGUUGUCGUUUUUAUGUUUAGACACUGCUUUCCCAAUCUCUCCACAGCAAAUGAACCCAGAAAUGCUUGAACUAAGACGUAUGAUACUAAUUAAGUUUUCCUUUUCUGUAUGGAAUUAAAAAAUGUUUCAAAGUUAACUUGAAGAUACUUUUAACUUAUGAUCCAUUUAUACAUGAACAAAACCAAAGAAAACUGAAAUUUAGGACGCAAGACAGGAGUAGAAAGGCACUUACCCAGGCUGGCCAGUAGAGGGCAGCAGAGCUCCAGCGAUAUCCAGACGCACCCACUACCGAGUUGUAAAGAGAAGCUACAGUUCCUUCAAGCUGCCCUUAGAAAUGAUCACUACAUGCUGAAUGUAAUUCACUACGAGUCGCGGAGGCCUUACAUCACACCAUUUUCCCAUACACAAAAAAGGAUAAAACCACAAGUUUCUAAAGCUUUGUGGUAUAAAUAUUAAGACAUUGUAUUAAAUAAUGGGGAAAAGUGAAUGUCUAGAACAUGUUUAUAUAAUCAAUGAAACUACAUGUAGAUGUGCAUACAGAUAAAAUACACAAGUACAUAAAUAUUUUAAAAAACACACUUUUCAGGGCUUCUUUGCAUUUGAUAUAAUGGCAUCUGUAACUUCUGUUCUCAGCUGUUCAGUCUAUUUGGGAGUUCUUUCAGAAAGUCCAUAAAAAACUAAUUAUUUUCUCUUUAUGUAAAAUAUCGAAAUGAAGCUUUCCUUCCUCAGGAGCGUUGAACCCCUUAUAAAAGAGAUGGCAUGGUUUCAAACUCUCAUACAGGCUACCUUCUCUGGAUAUCUCACCUCCCACAGUCUUUCUGAUCAUCUUUCCCUAUUUACAGUGCUCGCUGUUUUUUGUUUGUUUUUCUUUUUUUAGAAUAAAAUGACAAUACUGUUCCUACAGGCUUCACAAUAGGUUUUGGGGGAAUAUCUACAGUGACUAUUAGCACUGUUGUAAACUACAGUUACUAUUAACCUUCUGGUUCUUCCUAAUCAAUCAUUUGUGGAGCGAAACUGAGAGCAAAAAUCCCUAGAUCCUACAAAUACUAAUAACAUCUUCCUAGAAUACCAUGCAAUCAUGCAGCAUAGUCUAUUAAAUACAUCAGGUUCAAUGUUAUCCCUAAGGACCCUGGUGCUUUUGACAUUUGGAAAGCAAGUCUCCGUAAACCUUAUCAAAUGAAACUAUAACUUGAUAAAUGUAAUAUUUGUAUUUUAUUUAUUAAAUAUUUAAAUAGGACUGUCUUAUCUUAAAUUUCAACCUUGAAUGAAGACAAAAAUUUGUUAUAUAGUGAAAACAAAUUUAUGUAAGAAUGAAAUUUUAUAUUUAAGAGGACAAUAAUUUGCUUUCAUGGGAGUUUUCUGUGCCCUCACUCAGCCACUUAUUUUAAUCUUUGCAUUAAAACUAAGUUAAUGAUAAAAUUAAAACUAUGUUAAACUAAUUUAGUUUGCAACAAUAGACAUUAUUUCCAUUAAAUUCCCUGGAUAUUAGUAUGAGGAUGGAUAAGCAACUGUUUUGCAUUUCUUAUUGGAGCAAAUUUCUUAUUUUUCUUUUGCUAAAUAGAUGGCGAAUUCCCUUCAGAGCAAGGUUCUACUACAGAGAUCAACCAGGAUCUGACAGAUUUUUUGCUUUUAUUCAUUACUAUUUUCUCAGUAAAUACAGUCACAGUGUUUGGAAAUUGCAAAUGCAUUGUGAUGUCUUUUCAACUCUGACAUGAUUUGGGCUCAAUGGUAGCAGAUGAGCAGUUAAAUUCAGAAUAGUUUCCAAAUGUUAUAUAUCAGUAUGCAGUAUUAUUUAUGUAGAUGUUUUAUAUUUUGACUAGAAAGAUAUUAUUUCAUCAAAUUGCAAAAUUAUUUAAAAAUAGGGUGAUGAAUAUGAUAUUUUAAAUAAAAGUUCAGAAAGAAAUUAACAAAGAAAGUUUAAUGACUGAUUUGGAAACUUCCUUUUUUUUUUUAACUUGGAAAGUUUAGCUGGAAAGCCUUAUCAUCUCAUGAGAACUUGAGUCUAGGGUUCUGAAAGUCCCAAUGCUGAUGCAGGAGGAUGCUCCUCAGCAAUCCUAAUACAGAAUUAGCCCCAUUCAGUGUACAGCCAGUAUUUGCACGGAUCUAUCCUUUGCCAAUUUCAUUGUCCACGUGAAUAAUGUGAACAAGUUUCCUACUUCUCUGAAAUGACCUUGAUGGAGGAAAAGCCCACGAAAUCCCCCACAGAAUGAGGCAUGCAUGACCCUGACAAUCAAGGACAACGCGGGGAAAUGAUGACAUAAGGGACUUUACAACUCAAGUGAUUGAACACAUGCGUUUGUAACUGACUCAGCUCAAAUCCCUCAACUAUGAAACUUCAGGUGAACAGCAUAGACCUUUAACUAAAUUCAUUGCAUACAUGUUCUUUCUAAUGUAUUUACAGGUCUUUAAGAGUAAUCAGAGCAAUAACACAUGUAAAUUUGGCAAUUGCGCACAGAUACAUAGCACUAUUAUACAUGUAUGCACAUUGUAUACACAUGUAUAUAGCUUAUAUAUGCAGAAUUAUAUGUAAAUCAUGCAUUUUCCUACAUAUGUAAUGACUUCAGCUUUCUGCACUUAUUUUGUGGCUUUCCUCUAGACACCAUCCAGAUAAAACUGAAUGAAAUGAUAAGUUUUUACUUUGGGUAUCUUCACAUGUAAAAAGUAAAACUGUAAUCAAGAUUUUUUAAUUUAAAAAAUUUUUUAACCUACCAUUUUGUUCCAGUUCAUUUUUUUGAACCACAAAGAAGAAAAAUCUCAGUUAAAAUGGUUGUUUUAACUAAAAAUUCACAGCAAGGGAACUUAUUUCUUAUCUGAAUGCAACAUUAGUCAAGUAAAAACACAUGCUGUUCCUUCCACUUGCCUGCCUAGACUUAAUUUUGCAGGUGCAAACAAUUCUAGCCACUCCUUUAACUGGACUAGCUCUUUGUAAAGUAUCUAAAGACAAAGCAAGCCUGAACGGGCGAAGUUAGAAAGCAAGAGGAUGGAAAGGCCGUUUAUAACAUCCGUAUAGCUUACUAUUUAGGACAUCAGUUACUCUUACUAUUCCUAAAGUGUUUAAUAACACAUGCAAACAAAGGCAGGGGCAGGCAGUUUCAUGAUGCUCUUCCGUCUGCAUAGGAGUUUUUACAUCAGAAACGGGUGUGAAUAAAAGCUGUCCCAGCGCCAAGGUGAAUACCUCAGCCCAUUUGUCAUGGCUGAUAACUGUGGCUUCGGAGAAUAACAUGCAUAUUUUUGAGAAAUCAUAUUUCCUUUCCAUCACACAUAGCUAUUCAAGCAGCUUUAAAGUUUUAAUAGAAAAUAAUGCAUAUAAUAGACUUCAUAGAUAUAUGGCCACAGUAUAAUAAUUUAUGAUUUGAUUCAACUCUUAUCUUUAAACACUAUUAAACAAUAAACAUUGCUGAAAGAAGGUUUCUCUCACCGCCACUUGGUUAUACAAAGGGCCAACCGGCUUAAAUUGACUUUUUAAAUAUAACUUGCUCAGUUAUUUUCUGAGAAUCACUUAAUUGGGUUUGCAAUGUACACUGUGUCAAAACAAAGUAAGUUUCAUCAGAAAGGAUGUGCUGGUGACUACAUUCAAUCUUUAUCGCUUUGUUUCAAUUCAUUUGUAAUGUUUUCUAAUUUUGUUUGUAGAUUUGACUCUUUGGUUUCUUUAGUAAUACCUUACUUAAAUGCCUAAGCUCUUUUCUAAACUCACUAGAUAGUCCAGGGAGAACUUAAUCUUACAACAAUUCUCCUGCCUCAGCCUCUGGAGUGCUGGGACUAGAGGUGUGAGCAAUCACAAAAGUCAGUUCCUUAAGUGUGGUAAAUUAAGCCAUGUUUUUGCUUUUGUACAUACACUUGUAUGAAAAAAAACAACCCAGCAUGAUGGCUGUAAAUAGCUUAAAUACCAGAAUUAAACUUCCCCUACUAAAGGUUGACAAACCUAGCUUCUAAAAUACAUUUGGACAGAAGGGAAGAGAGCUCUUUCUCCAGCCUUUCCCUUCCAAUAUUCCUGAUUGCUCUGCGCCGUAGUCAGGUUCUGAGUCAGUGCUCAGGUGUCCUGGCACCAAAGACCUGUUCAGUGAGCUCAGGGAGAGCUGAGGUGAAAUCGGGGGUUGAUGAGAGUCCUCAGCUCAAUGGCUGAGCAUCUGGGUCGUUUAUCUUGUUUCUGAACUAAGACCAUAAUUCAGCUCGUUCUCCUUAUGGAGAAGCCAUUUACAUUUGGUGAGAAAAGUCGAAACCUGUAAUGUAGGGAAAUGAUCAGCGGGAAAAGAGAAUCAGCACACACUUGAAACACAGCGUCAAGUGAUGAAGUCUCGGACCUUGUUUUCCAUCCUCCAAAACACCCAUCACCUUUGUCACAGCAUCCAAACUAUUGGCUUAACUAAACUACUAAUGGUAUCAUUACAUUUAAACCUAAUCAUUUCUUUUUAUGACAUUUCUUUGCCUACUUCUCACUAUUGAAAGUGAUGUGGAAUUCUCUCUCUUUAAAAAAAAAUUCUGAUGAAAUGAU